AAAAUUGCUUAUUUCAAAAAGUAUUGAAUAGUUGAUUUAAUCGUAAAUGAUGAAGUUGAUAAUUGUGUGUGUGAUUUUUGCGACCAUUUUUGGUCUAACAAUUGGAUAUCCGACUCCUGUAGAAAAGGAUCCAGAACAAGGAAAUUAUUUUGAAGGUGAUAUUGAUCUUUCUGAAGAACAGAAAUUGGCAAUUGAAGGAAAAUCUCGAAAUGGUUUGAUUGCUGAUCAAUACCGUUGGCCUGAUAGAAAUGUUUACUACAAAUUUGCUGAAGGACAAUUUGAUGGACCUCAUAAAAAUCACGUCCUUCGUGGAAUGCAAAUUCUCGAAGAAGCAUCUUGCAUUCGAUUUAUUCCUGCCAAUGAGACAAUAAAAACUUUUAUUGAAAUUACAAGUCAGCCAACAGGUUGUCAUUCGGCUGUAGGAUUCCAAAAUGGAAAACAAAAUGUGAAUUUCCAAAAUUACGAAUUGGAUAAAGGAUGCUUCCGAUUGGCAACGAUUGUUCAUGAAUUUUUACACUCUCUAGGAUUCUAUCAUCAACAAAGUGCCUCAGAUCGUGAUGAAUUUGUGAAAAUUGCAUUUGAAAAUAUUCAAUCUGGAAUGGAACAUAAUUUUAAUAUUUACAAUUCGUCAGUUGUUGAUGAUUUUGGUAUUGAAUAUGAUUAUGGCAGUGUUAUGCAUUACGGGCCAACGGCGUUUUCGAAAAAUGGUGAAAAAACUAUUAUUCCAAUUCUUGAUGAGGAUGCAGAAAUUGGCCAGAGGAGGGGAAUGAGUUCGAAGGAUAUUUACAAGCUGAAUAUUAUGUAUAAAUGUCCAAUUCAAACAAGAUUGUGAAAAAAAAAAUGGGUUCUGGUACGAUUUUUUUUUCAAAAACGCAGCGUUUUGAAAUAUGAAUUUUUGAAAAACACCUAGGUA